AUGGAAGCAUAGUUUACAGAUUCAUCUGCAAAGCUUACUGAGAAACUGAAAAUGCAGUGCAUAUAUCCAAAAAAAAAAAAAAAAAAAAAAGCUGCGAUAAUCCAGACAUUCUGGAUGAAACUUAAUGUAACUCUUAGAGAAAAUACAGCUGUCUUGAAUCCAGUCUAUGGACACAUUCCAGACAAAUACAAUGGAAUAAUUUAUUUUGAAAAUAAUACCUUCAUCAAGAGCAUUUUGGAAGAUGAUGGUCUCCAUAUAACCAACACUUUUUCCAUUGUAACUAACCCAUAUGGAAUUUUGAAAAAGGUAAUAGAAAUUACUCAUUCAACAGAUGCUUUUGAAGUGUCUGAGAAACAAAAUAAUCCCAUGUUUACCAAGCCAGGAGGAAACGUUGAUUUUACUUGCCCUGAUAAAAUUGGAGAUUCAUUGCAGUGAGAGAUGUGGGAAAGGAUUAAAGCAGAUUGGGUAGAUAUUGUCAUUCUGUGCAACUUGUCAGGAAAGCAAAGCUUUGGUUCAGAUUUCAAAGAAUGUACACCAGUGGAUUGUUCUGAUCAGGAAAACUCCAGGAUUGUUUUUCAAAACAUUACAGCCUCUGACUUUGCGAUGUACUUCUGUGUAGCUGCUGGGAGAAACAAAAAGUAUAUGAUGAAUUUUACUGUGGCUGGUAGGUAAAGGAGAAAAUGGUAAAUGUUUUAAAACAGGACCUUCUGAGGCAUUAGAACUUUUACAUGAAUAAAAUAACUCAUCAGUAACAAGUGAGGAUUUA